AUGCGACUCACUCGCCCCCCACCUGUGCUUCUCACCCUUCUCUUCACCGCCUUCACCGCUGCAAUUCCGUACCCUCGCGAUUUGCUCCGAGACCAUGGUUUCGGCUAUCUGAUGCCCGAGGAAUGCUCCGAGUAUUGCGGUGCCAACAACGAGCUGUGCUGCUCCGCCGAUGAGGCUUGCUACACAUCCGCCGGUACCCCCACGUGUACUGGCGUAAGCCACCUUCUCGCUGAGCGGGACUAUACGACGACAUGGACCGAGACACAUACCUACACCAGCACAAUUAGCUCCUGGUAUGUCCCGACAACUACCGCUGGUGUGGGAGAUGAUGGUGGCCCCUGUAUUCCGCCAGAGGGAUCGGGUCAGAUUGCCUGUGGUAAAAUUUGUUGCGCGAAUUGGCAAUACUGCGCGUACGAGGGCCAGUGUGUGGCCAAUCCAGGUUUCAGCACAUGGACCGAGGUCGUCACCACCGGUACCUAUGUCACCACUCAGUUCUCGGCCCCAUACCGGCCCACGAGCGGGCCUUCUGCAACUGAGACUGAGGCCACCGGCACAUUCGCGAGCGCUACGGAGUCCGCUUCCAACACCAAUGCGGCGGCCGGUGGCUCCACAACAGGCAGCAAUUCGCUGAGUGCUGGCGCCAUUGCCGGAAUCGUCAUUGGCACUAUCGCCGGUAUCAUUCUGCUCCUACUGCUUUGCUUCUGCUGCAUCGCCAGGGGCUUGUGGGGCGUUGUGUCCGGCAUCUUCGGCGGCGGCAAGAAGAGGAGAAGCUCGGAACGCAUCGACAUCGUAGAGGAGCGAUAUUCCCGGCAUGGUAGCGCUGCGGCUGCUAGACCCGCCCACCGCACUUGGUUCGGAGGAGGUGGCGGUCGCCCUUCGACAGCCGCCUCCAGGAAGGAGAAGAAGAAGUCCGGUAGCGGCCUGGGUUGGGUGGUCGCGGCCAUCGGUGCCCUCGCGCUCCUUCUCGGCCUCAAAAGAGGCGACAAACGCAAGUCGGGUAGCCGACCCUCUCGAAGUGAAUGGAGCAGUUCAUACUACUCUGACUCCUAUACUGCGACUAGCCCUAGUGAGUUUACCCCUGCUUGA